CCUGUUCAUCUCGACCGAAAGCUUCAUUUUCCAUUUCAACUUGAGACCCAUGCAGCCCGCUUACGCCCUCCUCGGCUUUCUGGCCUCGGCCAUCGCUUCGGUCACCGCCACCAACGCGUGUGGUGACACGCCGACCCCGACGACGCCCGCCCCGACGACGCCGGCACCCUUCUCGCUCUGCAAGACCUUGACCGACGGCAAGGUGAUCUUUCUUAAAGCCGACAACGGCCGAGGCCUUGGGUACUGUGGCGGCUGCGGAGUUGACGGCUACCCGUACCCGGCCCGCACCGGUGAGUGGGCCCAACCGGUCCAUAUCCGCAUCGUUCCGGGUGGUAAGAUGGCUCUCCAGAGUGAGUAUGGCUCCCAGUACUGGAGCCGCUGCGCCGACUGCAACCCAGCCAACAAGCCCAACCAAGUCGUCUUGCGGUACAAUUCGUUUGACGCGUCCAACACGACCCACUGGUUCUGCGAAGACGUCAGCGAGACGCAGGUCCGCUUCAAGGACAUGGAUGGCCAGUACUUGACGCGCGACGCAGAGAACCCGCCAGCGCUCUAUGGCAACCUCAUCACGAGCUUGCCCUGGAACGCGGCCGCGCCCGAGCCCCAGAAGUGGACCGUGUCGGCUUAGGAGUCGUGCUAAAGAAGUCAGAAGUGUACGACCGUAGCGUUCCGUACUGCUCGAAUCCACCAAGACUUGCAAUAAUCAACAUUGUACUCACAGUAGUGACAUUUGUCA